AUGAUUGCAUCAGAGCUACCAGACUACCCAUGGCAAAAAGUAGCCUCAGAUCAACUCUUCUGGAAAGGAAAGACCUACCUACUAGUGACAGACUAUUACUCCCGCUACAUGGAAGUGUCUCAACUGACCAGCACUACGUCACAAAGUAUCAUUGCAAACUUGAAAACCAUAUUCAGUCGCUUCGGCAUUCCAGAGAAGCUCAUCAAUGAUAACGGACCUAAUUAUGCAUCAAAGGACUAUGUGAACUUUGCAAAGUACUACAGAUUUACUCAUGUCACUAGUAGUCCCCGUUACGCGCAAGCCAACGGAGAAGCCGAACGUGCYGUUCAGACUGUGAAAAGUCUAUUUGAAAAGUGCGCUGAUCCUCASUUAGCUUUAUUGGCAUACCGUUCAACACCGUUAGAACAAGGGURUAGUCCUGCACAACUUCUUAUGUCUCGUAAUCUACGGACGACAGUUCCAGUGCAUCCCUGCAAGCUAAAACCUACGGUGGUCCCGUCUGAAAGUCUUAACAAGAAGGACUCUGAACUUAAACAGCGACAGAAGGAAAACUAUGACUCACGUCAUAGAGUCAAGGAUCUAACUCCUUUAUUGGCGGAAGGCGACCAAGUGUAUCUUCCACAAAUGAAAUCUACAGCUACAGUUCAAAAGGAGUUCGGUGAAAGGAGCUACAUCAUCUCAACCUCAAAUGGUGAGACACGACGAAAACGGAGGCAUCUCAACUCGCUGCCCAAGGAGACGGUUGCAGAAGUUCCACAUUCUCCACCAAAGUCUACGGUGAAAGCGGAAGCAGCGCAGCUUCCUUCUUAUGAUGGAAACAUCACAACCCGACUGUUAAGUUUUUGA